CGAGCGAGGACGGUUGUCUGUCCCAGCAAACGGACUAACUUCUCCGGGAACAUGGCAGAGCAAGAGAGUCUAGAAUUUGGGAAAGCUGAUUUUGUCCUCUUGGACCAGGUGACAAUGGAGGACUUCCUGGAGAACCUGAAGCUCAGGUUUGAGAAGGGACGCAUCUACACCUACAUCGGGGAAGUUGUGGUCUCCGUUAACCCAUACAAACCUCUGUCGCUCUACGGGAAGGACGUGAUCGAGCAUUACCGGGGUCGGGAACUCUAUGAGAGGCCGCCUCACCUCUACGCCGUGGCCGACGCGGCCUACAAGGCCAUGAAGAGACGGGCCAUGGACACCUGUGUGGUCAUCUCAGGAGAAAGUGGGGCCGGAAAAACCGAAGCCAGCAAAUACAUCAUGCAAUAUAUCGCGGCCAUCACCAAUCCGAGCCAGAGGGCUGAAGUGGAAAGGGUGAAAAAUGUCCUGCUCAAAUCCAAUGGCGUUCUGGAGGCCUUCGGCAACGCCAAAACCAACCGCAACGACAAUUCCAGCCGGUUCGGCAAAUACAUGGACAUCAAUUUCGACUUCAAGGGAGAUCCUACGGGAGGACACAUCAGCAACUACCUGUUGGAAAAGUCGCGGGUCCUCAAACAGCAACCAGGCGAGAGGAACUUCCAUGCCUUCUACCAGUUGCUUCUUGGUGCCUCCGACGCAAAGCUGGAAUCUCUCCACUUGGUUGGAGACCCAAUGGCCUACAGGUUUACCAAGGAAGGUGGUAGUAAUAACAGGUCUUUGGAGAGUGAGAAAACCAACUAUCAAUCCGUCCUGGAUGCCAUGAAAGUGAUCGGUUUUACUUCUGAAGAGAUCAGUUCCGUGCAGAAGAUCCUGGCAGCCAUUUUACACUUGGGCAACGUGAAUUUCAUCUGCUCUGGCGACGAGGUGGCCGUCGAAGACCCACAACUGGUGUCCUACCUGGCGGAGUUGACCUCCACCGAGCCGGAGAGCCUCCUGAACAGCCUCCUGUAUCGGACGGUGGCUGCAGGCGGUGGGGAGGUCAUCCAAAAAGGCCACGGUUGCGAUGAAGCGAACUACGCGCGGGAUGCUUGCGCCAAGGCUAUUUACGAGCGGCUGUUUUGUUGGAUCGUGACCCGUAUCAACGCAAUCAUCGCGGUCAAGGACUAUGAUCCUCGUAUCCACGGCAAAAAUACGGUCAUUGGUGUCUUGGACAUUUAUGGCUUUGAGAUCUUCGACAACAACAGCUUUGAGCAGUUUUGUAUCAACUACUGCAACGAGAAACUUCAGCAGCUGUUCAUCGAGUUGAUCCUCCAGCAGGAACAGCAGGAAUACCAGCGCGAGGGGAUCGAAUGGCAACACAUUGAAUAUUUUGACAAUCAAAUCAUCGUCGAUCUGGUGGAAGAGCCACACAAAGGGAUCAUCGCGAUCCUGGACGAAGCUUGCUUGACUGUAGGCAAAGUCACCGAUGCCCUUUUCCUGGAGACCAUGGAUACCAGGCUUGGCAAGCACCCCCAUUAUACCAGCAGGAAGCUCAAUUCCACUGACAAAUCCAUGGAGUAUGGACGCGAUUUCCGGAUCAAGCAUUACGCGGGAGACGUUACGCAAGUGGCUUUCCUUAAUCCUUUCCUUUACUUCCCCUUCUGCUGGUUGAAGAAGCAUGGCGGUUGUUGGGGAAUUCUGGGAGUUGAAGUCCAAGCAUCCUGCCUAUUGGGGAAUUCUGGGGAUUAAUCUCCACCCACACUAGCUGGGUAAUUGGGAGCGGUGCAGUGGCCUAGAGGUGGAGCUCUUGCCUCACAAUCCAGAGGCUGUGAGUUUGAUCCUAGAUAGAGGCACAUAUUUCUCUCUCUGGCACGUUGAGAUUAUAACUCCGCCUUGGCAACAAGAAGGGCAUCCGGCCAGUAAACACUCACCGUACAAGGGAUUAUGGGGUCAUUAAAAGACGAUGCUAGCUAGGGAAUUCUGGGAGUUGAAGUCCAGGCAUGCUGGCUGGAGAAUUCUGGGAAUUCAUAUCUAAGCAUGCUGGCUGGGGAAUUUUGGGAGCUGAAAUCUACCCACCUUAAAGCAACCAAUUUUGCCAAGCAUAGGUUUGCACUGGUCUGCUAUAGGUCAGGACAGGAAAAGGACAGAGAAUAGGAGCUGGAAGGGACCUUGGAGGUCAUCUAGUCCAGGCUCCUGAGCAUCGUGCUACACAGGAAGGCUCUUCCCAUCCAUCUCGGAUGAACCCCGCUCAACUGCAUUUCUGAAUCUGGGUUUCAGGUAUUCCGUGGAAGGAUUUCUUGAUAAGAACAAAGAUACGCUGUUCCAGGAUUUCAAGCGGCUGCUUUA